AAGUUACGUUGUAUAGUUGUCUGAGAGACGAGAUGAUAGUCGGUUGACUGUUUUUUGUGUACGCGUAUUGAUUAUCGCGGAAUCCGAAAGAAAUUAUUUUACGGAGACUUUACUUAAACAAUAGUGGAAUUUGUGUUUGUGUUUUUAGCUACAACACCCAUUAGCUCUUUGCUGGAAUUGGAUUGUGAAAAAGACCAUUAGGCUCUUCAAGGAAUCAACACAAUGGCUUUCGCGGGUCUUAAGAAGCAAAUUAACAAAGCAAAUCAAUAUGUCACAGAGAAAAUGGGAGGUGCCGAAGGCACGAAAUUGGAUUUGGACUUCGUGGAAAUGGAAAGAAAAACAGACGUAACAUGCGAGCUAGUGGAAGAGCUACAAAUCAAAACAAAAGAGUUCCUCCAGCCAAAUCCGACAGCGCGAGCGAAGAUGGCCGCCGUGAAGGGGAUCAGCAAACUGAGCGGGCAGGCGAAGAGCAAUACCUACCCUCAGCCAGAGGGCGUGCUGGGCGACUGUAUGCUGCACUACGGGAAGAAACUUGGAGAGGACACUGUGUUCUCCCAAUGUCUCAUCGAAAUGGGUGAGGCCAUGAAAAAUAUGGCGGACGUGAAGUAUUCCCUCGACGACAACAUCAAACAAAGCUUCCUCGAACCACUGCAUCACCUGCAAACCAAAGACCUCAAAGAAGUUAUGCACCACCGAAAGAAACUACAGGGCCGUAGAUUGGACUUCGACUGCAAACGACGUCGCCAAGCAAAAGGCCAUGGUAAGGUGAGCCCUUACAUGAGCCCCAGUCACGGCAAUACUCCAAGACAGGAUGAUGAGAUACGGCAGGCGGAAGAUAAGUUCGCCGAGUCUCUGACGCUCGCGCAGAUUGGCAUGUUCAACCUUCUUGACAAUGACGUGGAGCAAGUCGCGCAGCUCACAUUCUUCGCGGAAGGGCUACUGGAGUACCACCAGCAAUGUACGGAGAUCCUGCAAGGGCUCGUAUCGACGCUUAUGGAGAAGAAAGAGGAGGCCGUGAACCGUCCCAAGUUGGAGUUCGUGCCCAAGACCCUCGCCGACCUCCACAUCGAGGGUAUCCACGACCUGAACAAUGGUAGGCGGUACGGUUCCACCCAAAGCCUGUCCCGGCCCCGCCAGCACAUCCCCCCCUCUUCCUCCGUCGGCGACCUCAGCACCAGCGACCCCUUCAAAGCCUGGGAGAUGCCCACCCCACCCAAACCCCGCCCUAACCCCACGGCGUAUCAGUUCAAACCCCACCCGGCGCCAAGAAAUCAGUUUAACGGCAGAGACCCAUGGAAAGCGUCGCCGCUGCCGUCGCCGGUUAAGUCGCCGGCGCGGACGCCGGUGGCGCCCGCCAAGGGCCCGUGCUGCACCGCGCUGUACGACUUCGAGCCUGAGAACCAGGGCGAGCUUGGAUUCAAGGAAAACGACGUGAUCACACUGAUCAAUAAAGUGGACGACAAUUGGUUCGAGGGCUCCGUCAACGGCAAGACCGGCUACUUCCCCAUCAGCUACGUUCAGGUCACCGUGCCGCUGCCCAACAUGUAAGCCCAGUCCUGGCCGCACCAUCUUACUGAGCUGAGCGCUCACUCGAAAGCUCAGAACAACAACUAUGUCUGAAAUCUGUAACAAUAGUCAAACGCCUCGGACACGAAACGCAGCGAAACUGAUGCCGACUUCCAUGCAUUAGUCAUAAUAAUUGUAUUGCGGUCGGCGUCAACGUUGAGCGUGCGCGCUGCACGCCCAGGGCGUGCGUUCCGUGGCCCUCCGGUAUUGACACGCCAAGUGGAACUAUGUUUAGUACUAUAAAGUGUCAUUCUAUAGAACUUGCUAUGUAAACAAACCGCCAUAUUGAAAUCAUCAUUCAGUGACAAUUUUAAUAUGGCGGUUUGUUUACAUAGUUAGCAUUUUUAGCAAGUUCCAUAGAAUGACACUUUACUAGAUGGUGCUGCACGAAGCCAUGGGGCCGAUUUUUGAUUUUCGAUCGCUCGAUUUCGUCACUCGAAAAUCGGUGGAAAACGGCGACAUGCAAUUUUUUUAAAUACGAGCGAUCGAAAUUUGGAAUCUAGUGGUAUUGACCACUCGAUUUCAAUUCUAUUAGUAGAAUUUAAACGCCUAGUAGUGGAGAUAUCAUUUAACGAAAUACACGAAAUCGAGUGGUCGAAUUUCAAAAAUCGGCCCCCAUAUAAUAUACCUAUUGGGAAUUGAAUAGGGACCGUACGCGUUCGUGAGUUUGCCAUCUUGUGGCUUAAAUAGGACUUAAUUACCUACUGUAAAGUGCAGCGGCGAUACAGUUAUUAUAAAUAUUGUUCGUAUCUCGUAGUAAUCGCGCGGCUGUCAAAUCCGCAUUUGUAUCGCUGUGAAAUAUUGCAAUGUGUAAAAUCCCUAAGCAGGAGACUCCUGUGCUACUCCGAAGAAAGCUGACGCAUCUUCCCUAUUGUAUUAUUAUAGCUAAAUGCUUGAUCUUUUGCAAAUUUCACCGAACCGUACAGCGCCAUCUAGUUAAGUGGUAAAAAUCUACUCCCUUUCCUGCGUUUAUGUUUUUUUUUGUUACAAACAUGCAUAGAUAGUGCAUUUAUAGUGAUUAUUCUGAGCUUUCGACUUUUGUGGGCUGUGGGUAAGAGUUGGUAUAACACUCCCUCGCAACGCCGGCGACUUCGUGUCGGGGAUAUUUUGUCAAUCGCCUAGCCUAAUGUUUGUAUCGUAAAUGGUGUUUUGAAGCCAACAUUGUAAACAAGCAGCUACCUUGUUAUUUACUCUAUAAUUGUCAAACGCAACUGAAGAAGUGCAUAUUGAACAAUAAAUAUUUCAGCCAUUAUGAUGACAGCUUAAACAUUUUAUUUUAACGAAGAUUUUCAAAAUUUGUUAUACAUUUGUUUACGUUGUUGGCUACUUCUGUCAAACACCAUUUGAGAGUUCUUGUAAGACCAUGACUGGUCCUCUCGGUCCCACUGCGGCAUUGAUUGUAUGAAUAUAAUAUUGUAUAAAUAACUAAAACAAUUGACGUUCAAGUUUAUGUACUGUAAUCGUGUAAAAGGGGUCCAUAGGUAUACCGUUCAUAUAUAAAGUCAGAUCCAAUGCUAACAACCAGUGGAAAGACACAAUGACUGCGUCCUUAUUAAGGCACAAAAUCAAAUAACAGGCCUCUUAAAUUAAUCUACUGAAAUAAAAUCGCUGGAAGGCAGGAGUAAAUUUACCUUAUCUUAUGUUCGAUUAUAUUUGUACCAUACAAUACAAAUGAGGACUGUCUUUUCAAUAGGGCUUAUUUAUAUAUGAAUACCAUACAAAAAUAAGUCCUUUUGAAAAGACACUCAAAUAUGAGACGUCCCUGUGAGACGCAGAACUCUGCAUUCGUGGCGAGGUAGGUACCUAAGCAAUAAAUUAAUACCAAAUGACAAGACGGGCAAAAUGUUUUCGACAGCAACGUAGUCAAUGGGUGCUGCGUUUUCAAAUCGUUAUAAAAACUGUUAUAUUCGCCACGCAGUAUUAAGUAGAUAAUACCUUCAUUUCGUCUGAACUAUGUCAAAAGCUCAAUGUUAUAGCAAUGAAGUGUCCUCUUAAAUAAUACAUACUCAUUAUUUUAUCCGUGGUUACCCUGUUUUUACAAACGUCUAUAUUUUUUGGUCACGUCUUCCAAGGUUUUUUUUACCUUCCUGAUUUAGCAGUGUAGCUAUUUUAUUAGACAUUCCACAAUGUGUUUGCCUGUAUGAAAAUGACAUGUAUUUUUUUACGGAACGAGAGAUUUACCCUUCUGAUUUUACUACAUGAAAUUAUGAAAAUAAAUUGUAGGUACAAACUAGACUCCGUUUAAAACACAUUUAAAUUAUGUUUGGGCUGAAUAAUUAUAUUUAGUUUACGUUGCCAUUUAAUUAUUUUUUUACAUUUUGAUGUAUUGAAUGUGUCAGUUAAGUAUGUUUUAAGUAUGCGACUGCAUUAUGUUAAUAUUGUAUUAAAUCAUAUGGCCGUGUUUUGGCAACUAUUACCAACCAAUGGUAAUUAAAUAGCAUUAGAACGUGUGUAAACACAGAUACCUUCCAUCUUAUAGCUAGGAAGUGUGUUACAAUAAUUAGAAUUAAGCCUAGGAUGGUCGGAUGAAGGAGUUUUGAAUAUGCGAAUCCCACCCCUAAAGCUAGUUACCUGUAGAGAUUGGUUAUUGAUCACGAGACUUGAGACUCCUAGGCUUACGAUAAUUGUCUAGAGAGUAAUGAAUGAAGCACCAAAAUAAAGCCACGCGGCGCGAAGAGUUAGGACACGUUCGUAUUAGGCUCAUAAGUUUGCGACUCAUUCUGAGCCUUAGCGUCCAAUACUAUUUACAGUACAGAUAUAGUAUGAAUUUUAUGAGAUGAUUUUUUCGGCUCGGGUCCCAAUCUGUUUAACAAAAGCCUGUUUCUUUUAUGGAGAGGUGUCUUAGGCGGGUGCCAAGGCAACCACGUCGUUAAAAAGCAACUAUCGUGAUAGUAUUAAGGUUCAAAUUUAUGUAACAGCUCAUUCUGAGAUAAAGAGUUUGGGUAAUGUAGGGCCAUCGGUCGCCUGUGUGUGGCCUGUCAGGUAACAGAAUGAGCUGUUACAUGAAUUUGAACCAUACAAAUAGGACGGUAGAAAUGCUUUUUUUUUCCCGUUCAGUCAGUAGCGGUAGAAUUGGUAAUGGUAACCGAUGUAGAAAAGAAACAAAUGCUUUUGUUUAACAGAUUAGGGCCUUAGCCGAAAAAAUCAUUUCAUAAAAUUCAUACUAUACCUACUUAGUAGUCGGCCGACUGUGAGCCCAAUAUAACGUGCCCAUAGCUAUGCAAACUAGGUGGAGACGAGCAGCGGCUCGAUGCCUUCGGCAGCAUCAAUUUUGAGAAGUGAUAUUUUCAAGUAAUGUUUGUAAAUUAGUUAUUGUGAAUCUAUUUUUGUAGAUGCGCUCUCACAUUUGUAUAGUAUUUCCUCUCAACGUAUGGUUAGCUGGACGCGUUAUCACAUUUCUAAACAGUGACAGCACAGAACAUGUAUUAGGAUUAUGGUGUAAUACUAGUUAACAAUACGAGAUUAGAUUUUAUAGUUAUAUCUUUGCGGGUAAUUAUUUAUCUAAAUGGAGAAUGUAUACAAUGUAUGUAAUACUUAUAAUUAAUUAUGAGAAUGGAGUUGUAAGUUGUUGCAAUCUUGCCAGGAGUUUGUGGCGUUUCGAUGUUUGAUGUUUUAUGGCGAAGUAUAAUAUAAACAUAUUAUUAUGUCAUUGUGAUAACGUUAGAUAUCGUGCUGUUGGAGCAGUGUCCUAAACAGUAUAAUUAUUACUUAAAUCAAUUUUACGUACAUUAUUACAAUUCGCUCAUACUUUUAUAAUUUUUUUGCAUAAUAUUUUUUCUUUUUUAAUUGUAAACUAGAUUAUGCAUGAUUUAUACCAAAACAUAUUGAAUUAGGAAUUUUACUUCAUGGCCUCUAUUAAAAUAGUAUUGUUAAAUGUACUUGUAAUAAUAGCACUUAUUGAAUAAGAUCUUAAAUCGUCAUAUUUCACUUUGUCCAAAUAUUGAUGUUGCAGUAAUGUUGAACAUAAUUAUCUCAUUCGAUUCAUUUUCAUAGUAAUCAUUAUAAAGUGAAUGGGCCCCAUUGAAUCGCAUUUCUGGCAUACAAAGACAAUACCUAGAUCUAAUGUUAGUUACACGUAAGUUCAUGAUAAUUGUUCUAUCUUCAAGUCUCCUUAAUGUAAGUAUUUUGAAAGAAUAAUACAUUCAUUAAUGGUAUGAGGAUGUCGCGUUUUAAUGUUCGGUGUGUGGGACAAAGCACUCACUGGGUUGUAAGAGCGCGUCUACGCUGACUCAACGGUCAGAUUUGACAAUUCAACCAGUAUAAACGCGCCUUAACAUCGCAUGUUCCAAUUUUAAUCGAUGUAUGUACUCAAUCUCUAAACAAAGUCCUCCUAAAAUGAGUUUAAAAUGUUUUUAUGCGUAAAGUACGUAUUAUUGACCAGAUGAAUACCUAGUUGACUUUCGCUAAUAUUUAUCGUUGACUUAAAUCAUAUCCAUGAAAUGUUUGUUCAGUGUUGCUUUAUAUCCUCUAGUGUUCUACUUGGUACCCUGUAUUAUAUUGUAAUGGACUGUGUCCAGCUGACACAAGUGCUGAGAAAGCUGGUGUUGCCAACCUAGCGCGUAAAUACUCCACCAACACCAGGAAACUAUAGUUAAAAGUGUUAAAACACUUGCAGCGCCAAGGUACCUACUAUCUACAUAAUAUUAUUAUUCCUGUUCAUGUUACUGUAAUCUUAAAUAUGUACUGUAAUUUGUUAGAAUAAACUUGACGAUUUACGACAUGUAAUACAAAUUUAAUAUUGAUUUGUAUUAAAAUUUAUCCAAAAACUUAUUGCUCGUUUUCGCCUCCUAAUAAAAUGUUAACAAUUA